AUGAGGGGUCCUUCUGAAGCAGGUCCAAGUAAAGCAAGAAAGAAGAUUAAUGCAAAAAAUUGUCCUUCACAAGCAGAUCCAAGCACUCCAGCUCCAAGUGCUCCAACACAUGUCAAUCAAGAUCCUUUGACUGAAGAGCAUUUCCCUGUAAAUCAAGAGCUUGUCAUUCAAGAGCAUGUCCCUGUGAAUCAAGAGCCUGUCAUUCAAGAGAAUGUCCCUGUGAAUAAAGAGCAUGUGAAUGAAGAUCCUGUGAAUCAAGUUCCUGUGAAUGAAGUACCUAUCAACCAAUAUCAUGUGAAUCCAAUACCUGUUAACCAAGUGCCUGUGAAUCUUGGUGUUAGAGUGCCUAAGAGCCUUGGUGUUAGAGCAAGGAAGCCUUCAGAGAGAAUCAACAAGAUACAAAUCAGGAAGCAGGUUUUUCGAAAGGAUGGCAAAGGAGUGACUGAGGACAACCCAGUUACUUUAGAGUGA